GAAGACUUGCGGGGAGGAAUGUUGAGUCCAGGCUCUCUUCGGUGGGCUUUGGUGACAUUCCUGAUUAUUUCUGGAUUCAACUAUGGAUCUGAAUCUACUGAGAAAAAGAGAGCCAAAAGGGGCAUCAAUCAGGAUCAGCCUCGCUUGUCCUCUGAAAGGGGCAAUUUAGUGUUCCAUACUGGCUCUGCCAAAAAUAUUGAAUUCAGAACCGGAUCGCAGGGCAGAAUAAAAGUUAACGAAGAAGACCUUGUGGAGACUUUGAUCCAGAUCAGAAAGAAUAAAGAUGAGAUUCUGGAACUGAAAAGAAUCGCUGGUAUCCCUCAAAAUAUUUCCAGUCAGAUGACACAGCUUCAUUCUAAGAUUGUGAAUAUUGAAGGCAGACUUCAAAGCCUUGAGCAGACUAUCCUGAGAAAAGCCUGUAGCAGCAAUCCCUGCCAGAAUUCUGGAACCUGCAUUGAUUUGCUAGAUGCCUUCUUCUGUCUUUGCCCCAACAACUGGCAGGGGCCAUUCUGUUCUGCUGAUGUUAAUGAAUGUCAGAUUUACGCUGGGACACCUCUAGGCUGCCAGAAUGGGGCAACAUGUGUAAAUACCCCAGGUAGUUACAGCUGCUCCUGUACACCAGAAACUUAUGGACCUCACUGCAUGUCAAAAUUUGAUGACUGCCAAGGGAGAUCUCCAGCUCUCUGUGGGCAUGGGCUCUGUGUUGAUGGAAACAGGGAGCAACCUGGUCAGCCCAAGUACAGCUGCAUCUGUGAUGCUGGCUGGAUGGCGCCGCCAGGGAGUCCUGCCUGCACUGCAGACAUCGAUGAGUGUAGCCUCCCUAAACCGCCCUGCUCUCUGGAUCCUCCUGUGCAGUGCCAAAACAAUCCAGGCUCUUACUCCUGCGGUCCUUGUCCAUCAGGUUGGCAAGGAAACGGCUACACCUGCCAAGAUAUUAACGAAUGUGAGAUAGAUAAUGGAGGCUGUUCAACUGCCCCAAUGGUUCGGUGCAUCAACACCAUGGGCUCCUUCCAUUGCGGCUAUUGCCCACCAGGCUAUGAAGGAGAUGGGAAAGUGUGCACCCAGGUUAAUAUUUGCUCAAUAAACAACGGAGGUUGUCAUCCACUCGCUGCAUGUACCAGUAUAUCAGGCCUUUUGCCUAGUUGUAUCUGCCCGCCUGGAUACACUGGGAGUGGCUACGGCCCCAGUGGAUGUGUUGCACUGAGCACUAUCUGCCAAACCCAAAACCCUUGUCUAAAUGGAGUGUGUCUUACUACAGUCUCUGGCUACAACUGUGUGUGUCAUCCUGGCUGGACGGGUGCCAACUGUACAGAAAACAUUGAUGAGUGCUCCAGCAAUCCUUGCCAGCAUGGAGGAAGUUGCACCGAUGCGGUGAAUGGCUACUCUUGUGAAUGUACAAGCAGUUGGACUGGACCUCAAUGCCAGACACCCCAACAAGCGUGUGGUGGGUCACUUUCAGGCCUGUCAGGCUCAUUCAGCUACCUUAAUCACACUGAGCAAUAUAAUCAGCCGGUCAGCUGCGCUUGGGUGGUUCGGACUACAAACAACAAGAUCCUGCGCAUCACAUUUCCAGUCUUCCAGCUGGAGGAGAGUAUCAGCUGCAGGUCAGGCUUUCUCCAGAUUCACGAUGGAGAGUCGGCUUCAGCAAACUUGCUGGGGAAAUAUUGUGGGUCUUCUCCCCCAGAAGAGCUUUUCAGCAGCCAUAACUCUUUGUAUUUCUGGCUCCACUCUGACCACAUGAUGAAUGCACGAGGGUUUACAGUUCAUUGGGAGUCCCGGCAGCCGGUGUGUGGUGGUGAGCUGACUGGUACUUACGGCUCAAUUAAUUCACCUGGCUAUCCUGGUAACUACCCUCCCAACAAGGAUUGCUACUGGAUCAUCUCGACCAAUCCCAGCCUCCUCAUCACGUUUGCUUUUGGCACACUGAGUCUUGAGCACCAUGAUAAUUGCAGCCAGGACUACCUGGAGAUUCGUGAUGGUCUCCUCCCUCAAGAUCCCCUCCUUGGAAGAUAUUGCAGCUCUAUGUUGCCACCUCCUCUUCAAACCACUGGCCCAUAUGGCUUUGUUCAUUUCCAUUCCGAUGGUUCUAAUAGUGACAGAGGCUUCCAUAUCACAUAUACAACAUCAACCGCGGAUCCCAACUGUGGUGGAAACUAUACAGGCAGCAGUGGGGUUCUCAUGUCCCCCUACUGGCCCAAUCCUUACCUUAACAACAGGCAAUGUAUCUACAUCAUCCGACAACCACCCGGUGAAAAAAUGAUCCUCAAUUUUACACACCUGGAGCUGGACAGUCAUCCCAGCUGCAAUUGGAACUACGUUGAGGUCCGGGAUGGUGACACUGAGAUGGACGCCUUAAUCAACAAGUUCUGUGGCAACAAUACACUUCCUUCAGCUAUCACUUCCCAUGGCAGCAACCUCUGGGUCAAGUUCAAGUCUGAUACCUCAGUACAAAGAUCUAGCUUCAGGGCUGUUUAUGAUGUCGCCUGUGGAGGAGCUUUGUCCGGUGAAGGUGUCAUCAGAUCACCCUAUUAUACCAGGCCAUUGUCUCAUUACAAGAUCUGCGAGUGGAUCAUCUCUCAGCCAGAAGGCCAUCGAGUGAUUCUAAACUUCACUGACUUUCGGCUCCGUAACAUCAGCAGUUGUGACUUGGAUUAUGUUGAGGUCAGAGAUGGAAACAAUGUGAAUGCUCCUUCCUUGGGGAAAUACUGUGGCGAAACUGUGCCUUCAGUAAUUCAAUCUAUGCGUAACAAUCUAUAUAUCAAAUUCAGAGCUUUUUCUGCUGAAAACCUUGGCUUCCUAGCUGAAUACAAGUCUUUGGAUGCAGCAUGUGGAGGGACUCUCACAGAACCAAACGGAAUCAUCUCAAGUCCUGGCUACCCAGCGAUCUACCCGCAUGGUGUCAGAUGUGCAUGGACCAUCUUAGUUCAGCCUGGUCACUUGAUCCGUCUGACCUUUUCAUAUUUCUACUUGGAAUUUGAUUAUAACUGCAACAGAGAUUACCUUGAAAUCUAUGACAACAGCACUAUGACAACGCUAGGGCGGUACUGUGGGAGGUCGGUCCCACCAUCUAUGACCAGCGGUGGCAAUACGUUGAUGUUAUCUUUUGUGACAAACCGCAAUAUUGCCUCUGAAGGGUUCUCAGUUAAUUAUGUUUCAUUGAAUUCAUCUACAGUCUGUUCACAUGAGUACACGGAGGCGACCGGUGAGUUAACAUCUCCAAACUAUCCUGGCCACUAUCCCAACCGAAUGGCAUGCAUCUACAGGAUCCACGUGGGGAACAACAAACAGAUUGCUUUGCACUUCACCAACUUCUCUUUGGAGGAAGGGGCCAGGUGUUCAAGUGAUUACGUAGAACUCAGGGAUGGAGGUUACGAAACAUCGCCAUUGCUUGGGAAAUACUGCGGCUCAACGUUGCCUCCAGUGACAAUCUCCCAGAGUAACAAACUGUGGAUAAAGUUUGAAAGUGAUUUUUUGCAUACGAGCACUGGAUUCUCAGCCUACUGGGAUGGAACAUCAACAGGUUGUGGUGGAACCCUUGCAACUUCUUCUGGAAUCUUUACGUCUCCCAACUAUCCAUUACCUUACUACCACAAUUCAGAAUGCUACUGGCUCCUCAAGUCAAGUCAUGGAAGCCCUUUUGAACUCCAGUUUGAUCAGUUCCACCUAGAGCCUCAUUCAAGUUGUCAAUAUGACUAUGUUGCUGUCUAUGAUGGCAACAGUACCAAUGCUAAGAUGCUGGGCAAAUUUUGUGAUGACCAGAUACCACCCACCCUCCACUCUACUGGGGACAGUUUGUAUGUAAAACUGAGGACAGAUGCCACUUUGGGAGGCGGAGGUUUCUUUGCUCGUUAUAAGCAGAUUUGCCAGGGUGUGGUCAUUGCCAACCGUAGCCAAGGCAUCUUGGAGAGUUUGAACUACCCUAAUAAGUAUCCUCCGGAUUCACUUUGCACCUGGACCAUCCAAACUACAACUGGCAAUACACUCAACUACAGCUUCUCAGACUUUAGCACAGAAGGAGGAGAAAACUGUGGGCGUGACCAUUUAAAGCUUUAUGAUGGACCCAAUGCCCAAUCCAGCCUCAUAGGCACAUUCUGUGGCAAUACUGAUGUCCCAGCGGGAGGCACAACAGGCUCCAGCCUUCAUGUGGUGUUUUUCUCUGAUAAAAUAGGCGAAUCUACAGGAUUUCAGAUGUUAUGGCAUGUAAAUGGGUGUGGUGCAGAGCUUUCUGGGACAUCUGGAUCUUUCCAUAGCCCAGGAUAUCCAAACAAGUACCCUAACAAUAGGGAAUGUCACUGGUAUAUUCACACAGCCCCGGGUAGUAGCAUUCAACUCACCAUAGUGGAAUUUGACGUUGAAUACCAUUCAAGUUGCAACUAUGAUGUUUUAGAGAUCUAUGGUGGGCCUGACUUCUCUUCUCCCAGGUUGGCCCAGCUGUGCGCCCCCAGAUCGCUACAAAAUCCCCUACAUGUCUCUAGCACUGGAAAUGCAGUUUCGGUCCGAUUCAAGGCAAACAGAUUUGUGAAUGGAAGGGGCUUCAAUGCCACUUGGCAAGAGAUACCUGGAGGUUGCGGAGGAGUUUUCCAAGCUCCAAGCGGUGAAAUCCAUUCUCCCAACUAUCCUCAGCCUUACAGCAAUAGCAGUGACUGCUCUUGGGUCAUUCGAGUCGAUGGGGGCCACCGUGUUCUGCUGAACUUCACAGACUUUGAAAUAGAAUCUCAUCGUUCAUGUAACUAUGACUAUGUUGCAGUAUUUGAUGGUUCCAAUGCUGAAGCUCCACUUCUUCGGAAAGUUUGUGGGCAGCAGCGACCUUCUCCUAUCCUGUCCACCCAAAAUACCAUAUUUGUACGGUUUCGCUCUGACAGCACUGUCCAUCUCAGAGGCUUUAGGGCUCAAUUCACUGAAGAAUGUGGAAGUGUCUUGGAAGUUGAUUCAGUUGGUGCUGCCAUUUCCUCUCCUCUGUACCCGGCCAAGUACCCAAACAAUCAGAAUUGCAGUUGGAUUAUCCUAGCUCAGGAACCAUUCAAUCAUGUCACACUGUCAUUUACUGACUUUGAAACUGAAGACAGACGGCAUAAUUGCAGCACUGAUUACGUAGAAAUUCAGGAAGGGGAUAAUUAUGAUGCACCUCUGCAGGGGCGCUACUGUGGCACCACCAUUCCACAUCCUGUCACUUCUUUUGGCAGUGCUUUGUCUGUCAAUUUCAUCUCCAAUGAUGCAAAUACUGCCAAAGGUUUCCAUGCCAUUGUUGCUGCAUCAACAUCUGCUUGUGGAGGUACCUUUCAUAUGGAGAGAGGAGCCUUCAAUAGCCCCAACUUCCCUGAGCCUUACCCGCCAAAUAUUGAAUGUGUCUGGAACAUUCUGGUCUCCCCUGGCAACCGGCUCCAGCUGUCUUUCACAGAUUUUCAGAUGGAAGCAAGUGACGACUGCAACAAGGACUACCUAGAAAUUAGAGAAGCCAAUGUCAGUGGCCAUCUGGUGGGACGAUUCUGUGGCGACUCUGUGCUGGAGAAUUAUACGUCUAUCACUGGGCACGGCCUGUGGGUUAUAUUUGUCUCAGAUGCCUCAGGUGAUGGAAGGGGCUUCCAGGCCACAUUUGCUCACAUGUUUGGAAAUACUGUGGUGGGAAGCAGUGGACAAAUUGCAUCUCCACUGUGGCCUAGAAAUUACCCUCACUACUCCAACUAUCAGUGGACAAUAACUGGCAACACAACACAAGUGGUCCAUGGUCAGAUCACACAGAUGGAUAUUGAAGAUGCAUAUAGAUGCUACUUUGACAAGCUGAAGGUAUAUGAUGGGCCCAACACGCACUCUCGUCUCAUAGGAACGUACUGUGGUGUAGCCCCAUUUUCUUUCACCACCUCUGGAAGCUCUGUUACUCUCCAGUUCACCUCUGAUUUUUCUGUAAAUGGAAAGGGCUUCCUUUUGGACUGGAAUAUGGUGGAAGCACCUACAGCUGUGGGACAUGCCAUUCCUAUAGGAGCCUGUGGAGGUUUCUCAAGAACCAGUGAAACACCUUCAUUUCUGUUUUCACCGAACUGGCCUUCCAACUACAGAAAUUUUGCUGAUUGUACAUGGGUUAUCAGAGCGCCAGACUCAACAGUGGAGAUCAACAUCCUAUCCUUGGAUAUUGAGUCUCAUCGCUCAUGCAACUACGAUAAACUUGUCCUGAGAGAUGGAGACAACAGCCUUGCACCAGUCCUGGCCACUCUAUGUGGUCGUGAAGUUCCUGGACCAAUAAGAUCCACUGGGAAUGCUUUGUACAUCCGCUUCACUUCAGAUGCAAGUAUUACCGGUGCUGGGUUUAAUGCUUCUUACCACAAAAGUUGUGGUGGUUAUUUGUACACAGACAGUGGUGUGGUCACUUCACCCAACUAUCCGCAAACCUAUCCUCCUAACCUUAAUUGUUCUUGGCAUGUUAUGGUUACUGUUGGCUUCAUCAUUGGCAUCCAUUCUGAGGAGCUCUUCCAGGUGAUAAAUGAAGAUGCUGCCUGCAGUCGUGGAGAUUAUGUUGAGCUUAGGAAUGGACCAGAUCUUUCUGCCCCACCGUUAGGACCUAGCAGCAGGAAUGGACGCUUUUGUGGUAGCAAUUCCCUUUCUACAAUGUACACCACAGACAACCAGCUAUUUGUCCACUUCCUUUCUGAUAGCAGUAAUGGAGGGCAAGGUUUCAAACUGAAGUACGAGGCAAAGGGUCUUGCUUGUGGAGGGAACUUCUAUAUCAGCCAGUCCAACCCCUCGGGAUUUGUGUCUUCACCUGGCCAUCCUGGCAACUACCCACCACAUGCCGAUUGUGUGUGGACAAUCAUUGCUCCCUUUGGGGCUGCAGUGGAGCUGCAGUUUGAAGAUCACUUUGAUAUCCAGUCUUCACCCAACUGCACAUUAAGUUACCUUGAAUUGCGAGAUGGUGCCGAUGCCAAUUCACCAGUAAUCGCCAAGCUUUGUGGGAAUUCUUUACCAGGCAUUCAAAGGUCAUCUGGUUCUACCUUAUAUAUGAGAUUUCGUUCAGACAGUAUAGACCCACACACUGGAUUCAAUGUCAAGUAUUCAAGAGCUGUUUGUGGUGGAACACUGACGGGACAAAACGGAGUCAUUGAAAGUGUCGGAUUCCCUGAUCUCCACUAUCCAGACAAUUUGCUGUGUGAGUGGUUUCUCCGCGGACCUGUGGGUCAUUUUCUCACCAUUCGCUUUGAAGCACUAGAUAUCCAGAACUCAUCUGAGUGUGGCUAUGACUACCUGGAAAUUCGAGAACAGUAUGCGUCAGGGGAUUUAUUAGGUAAAUACUGUGGUGCUAGUAUACCCAGUGCAUUGGACACCUCCAGCAACUUGGCUUACAUCAAGUUUGCCUCUGAUGGAUCCAUCAAUGCUCCAGGCUUCAGACUACAUUUUUCUGCUAGUGUUGAAGAGUGCGGAGGUGAUCUCCGCGGCACUGUUGGGACAUUUACGUCCCCCAACUAUCCAAAUUCUGCCCUGCACAAAUUAAAAUGCAAAUGGAGAAUCAUGGUGCCAUUGGGACGCCGGGUCACCCUUACCAUUCAUGACAUGACUUUUGGACUCUACCAGAACUGUAGCUCGAAUUAUGUGGCUGUUCACAAUGGCUUUGGUGAAAAUGCACCUCGACUCUCCACGCUGUGCGGUUUGGUGGCUCCAGGGACUCAGGUGAAAUCCUCUGGAAACAAGAUAACCGUCGUCAUGGUCAAAAGUCACGAUGGUUUUGAGGCAAGCUUCAGAAUUACAUAUGCUUCUGAUGAAGAAUCAGUGUGUGGCAGCCAUCUGCUCAGUUCAGGUGGUGGGAAUCUCACUUCUCCUGGUUAUGAUGGCACCAGCAAUUAUGCAAACAACCUGAACUGUGAGUGGGUCAUCCAAAAUCCGCAGCCAUCCAUCACAACUCUUUACCUUCUCUUUGGAGAUUUCUACUUGGAGCAACACAUCAAUUGCCAGAACGACUACUUAGAAAUCCGGAGAGGGGAUUCUGAUGGAGAGCUCUUAUACCGACUAUGUGGCCACAGCCCACCUCAGCAUCCACUGCUAAUAGCAGCUCCUCAGACCUGGAUACAAUUUUUGAGCAAUGAUCAAAAUACAGACAAGGGAUUCUUCAUCCACUAUGGAUCUCUGGCCUGUGGUGGUGUAAUGGAAGGUGAAAGUGGAAUUAUCUCAAGCCCUAACUACCCAUCACCUUACAAUAGUUCUAGCCAUUGCUCCUGGCUCUUGGUAGCACCAGAGGGACAUACCAUCAAUCUUACUUUUGUGGACUUUGAAAUUGAAAAUCAUAGGACCUGUAGAUGGGACUCGGUCACCAUUCUGAAUGGUGGAUCUCCGAGUUCUCCUGUCAUUGGACGAUACUGUGGAACUUCAUCACCAGGCACCAUUCAGUCAGGCUCCAAUCAGUUAUUAAUAAACUUCAAUUCCGACCACUCAGUGCAGGGAGAUGGUUUCUAUGCCACAUGGACUGCAGACUCUUUAGGAUGUGGGGGCAUCCUUCAUUCUGAAAAUGGCACCAUCCAUUCUCCCUACUGGCCCCAGGACUUUCCUAGUAACAUUAGGUGCUCGUGGACAAUAAUUACCCAUGAAAGCAAACAUUUGGAGAUAACCUUCAGUGAGAAUUUCCAGAUUCCAGAUAGCUACGGGCAGUGUCAGAGCAGUUAUGUGAAGGUGCUGAGAGGACGUGAUAAUGAACAGGAAGAUGCAGUAUUAGCUGUUGGGUGUGGAAAUUCAGCUCCCGGACCUAUUGUUGCGCCAGGAAAUGUGAUGACAGUAGUGUUUCAGUCACAGGACAUCCCAGGACGUGGCUUUUCUGCAUCUUUUAUAAGCAGGUGUGGAGCGAACUUCACUGCGCCAUCAGGUCGAAUAGCCUCUCCUAAUUUUCCCCAUCAAUACGACAACAACAUGAAUUGCAAUUAUAUCAUAGAUGUGGAACCACAGUCCAUUGUCAUCCUACGUUUCCAAACGUUUGGUCUGCAGUCUCAUAAUGCCUUAGGAGAUUGUGCUUAUGAUGGAGUGAAGGUCUUCAGAGGGGACAGAGCCGGUCCUUACCCCGAAGAAACGUUUUGCGGCAAUGAAAUCCCUCAUCCUAUCAGCAUCGUUGGAUCCACACUGUUGAAUUUCUACACAGAUUCUCAUAUUGUUGGCGUCGGAUUUCUGGCCACUUAUGCUGCAAUUCCUUGUGGCGGCGUAUUCAACAGCUCUCGAGGUACAGUCAGGAGCCCUACCCAUUCAUUUACUGAGUACCAUCACAACAUGAACUGUUCGUACUACAUCACUGUCAGAAGCAACAAGAUAGUGGCACUCAAGUUCAACAGCUUCCACCUUGAAGCAUCCUCAUCUUGCCACAAGGAUUCUGUUACUGUGUAUGAUGGCCUGAACAUAUACGCUCCGCUCCUGGGCACGUUCUGCGGUGUGGCCCUCCCACCUUCUAUCAAGAGCUCCGCAAACAACUUGCUCCUGCUGUUCAGGACUGAUUCCUCUGGAACAGCCAAUGGAUGGAGAGCAUCGUUCAGAGAGACACUAGGCCCUCAGCAAGGCUGCGGUGGUUAUCUGACAAAUUCAAGUGACAGCUUUGGCUCGCCAGAUUCCGACAUGGACGGCAAAUAUGACAAAGAUCUUGAAUGUGUGUGGGUUAUAGCUGCCCCCAUAAACAAGCUGAUCAAUCUCACCUUUAACACUUUUCAACUGGAAGCAGAAUCGUCUGUUCAAAACUGCCGCUAUGACUAUGUCCAACUGUUCGAUGGUAGUAAUGAAAAUGCUACAGUUGUUGGCAAGUUUUGUGGCUUCAGAGUUCCAGCUCCUUUUCUUUCUACUGACAACUUCUUGACCAUUAAGUUUGUCACUGACAUGUAUGUAGAAAGAGCAGGUUUCAAUGUUACCUACACUACUGUGGACAGACUGUGCGGAGGUGUGUUUAAUGCAACUUCAACCAGCCAAACAGCGACAUCGCCCUACUUUCCAGAAGCAUAUCCUCCCUUUACGUACUGCAGAUGGGUUAUUGAUGCUCCUCCUGAGCAACAUGUGAAAAUAGUGGUGCAAGAAUUCCACCUCCAGUCCAGCCAGGACUGCUCUCAGAAUUAUCUCGAGUUCCAAGACUCACCACUGGGCAAUCCAGAACAUGCUGAUCAGGUCCACCGAUUUUGUGGUUCCGAAAAUCUUGCGAUUCCUGUGGUUUAUUCUUAUGGGCGGACUGCUGUUGUAAUUUUCAGAUCAGAAGCCUAUGUGGUUAAUAAUGGACUUAGCUUCUCUUACCUGACUUCAGGCUGCAACAGAGAAUACAACCAAUCAUUUGGCUAUCUGAAAAGCCCGGGCUGGCCUGAUCCUUACCCUCACAACUUGGAUUGUACUAUUAUUCUGCGGUCCCCACUAAAUCACACCAUCUCUCUCUUUUUCAAUUCCCUUAACCUACAACACAAUGGAUGCCAUGAUUUCUUAGAGGUCAGAAAUGGUAGUGAUGCAAACUCUCCACUGCUUGGCAAGUACUGUGGAAACACCCUACCCAAUCCUGUAUUUGCCAAAAAUCAUGCUGUGUAUCUCCGUUUCAAAAGUGACAUCCUAGCUUCCAGUGAAGGUUAUGAAAUCACUUGGACUUCAUCACCAACUGGAUGUGGUGGUACUUUAUAUGGUGAGACUGGUUCAUUUGCCAGCCCUGGGUACCCAGCUUCUUAUCAGAAUCAGACAGACUGCGAGUGGACAAUUAAAGCCCCCCAAGGAAGGGCUGUUACCGUCCAUUUUGCUUUCAUCAGCAUUGAUGAUCCUGGUGACUGUAGCAGCAACUAUCUGAAACUCUAUAAUGGACCGGACAGUAGCCAUGCAUCUAUGGGACCAUAUUGUGGAAUGGACACCAACAUUGCUCCAUUUACAGCUGCAUCACAUGAAGUGUUUAUAAAAUUCCAUUCAGAGUAUGUAACUCUACCAUCAGGAUUUAGGCUAACUUGGAGCAGCUGAAAUAAUGCUUCUGUGGAAAAAAUACAAUUAUUCAGUACUUCUCUGUAUUGAAGAGACUUCAAAGAAUAUAAUUGUCUCCAUAAAUACAAUAAAAUUAUUUUGGUCAA